AUGAAUGGACUAGGUUUCGGGGCGGUGGCGGCGGUGGUGGCCCGUUUUUGGGGGGGUGGUCUCGGGUUGCUCUUUGGGGGUGGUGGUGGGUUAAGGUUUGGUGGUGGUGGGCUGAGGUUUGGGGGUGGUGGUGGGUUGAGUUUUGGUGUAGGUGGUGGUGGCGGCUUGUGUUUUUGGGUGGAGGUGGCUUGUGCUUUUCGGGCAGUGGCUUUGCUCUCUUACGUUUUGCCACCAAAUGGCAGCAACUCUUGUUCAAGGGAGUUUGCCGCUUCCAAAGGAGGAGGACGCUUAUAA